CCUGGGGCUUUCGGUGCAUGUUCGCCAGCAGUACGGGCCCAUUCCGGAUCCCAUGUUCAGACCUUAUUUCAAGCGCUUCAAUUUCGGGGGAACUAUCAAGACUUCCUUGCUUCCUAUAUACUUCAUGAACUUCUAGAUAUAGCUGUGACCAUAUUUAUCUUGCUUUGACACCUGACAGCCACAGCUUGGCGUCGACAUUCCCCCCGACUUACGCCUCCUCGUUUUCCAAGCCACUGAACUCUUCCUAGACUCGCACAGCAUCCUAGCGAUGGCUCUUCGUGCGGUUCAGCCCGCCGAGGCGGAGAAUGGCGUGCUAGGCAACAACAAUGUGGCGAAGGCCGCUGCUGGCGUCAAGGCCGCUGCUGGCCUGCAGGCCCAGAACAAGCGCCGUGCACUCGGCGACUUGUCAAACCAGCAGCCUGCCGCUGCUGCUGGCAAGCCUGGCCUGGUCAAGGAGAAGGCUGCUGUGCCGGUGCCGGCCGAUGGCGUCAAGACUCGCGCUGCUGCUCGCCGCGCUGACGGCAAGGACGCCCCCAUGCCCACUGCUCCUGGUGCUGCUCUGCGGCCCGCGCAGCUGGUGCCGCGCACCAGGUCGCAGGUCGCGAACGCGCAGCGCGUCCAGGGCCCGAGCAUGAGCUCGCUGCUGUCGCAGCGCAGCGAGGCCUUCGUCGGCAGCCAGAGCGUGCGUGCUCCUCCUCCCUCGCCGCUGCCCGACAUUGACAGCGGCGACCGCCUGAACCCGCUGAUGGCCGCGGACUACGUCAACGACAUUUACUACUUCUACAAGCGCGUCGAGCGCAAGUACAAGGUGCCCAGCGACUACAUGACCAAGCAGACCGACAUCAACGACAAGAUGCGUGCCAUCCUCAUCGACUGGCUGGUGGAGGUGCACCUGAAGUUCAAGCUGAUGCCCGAGACGCUGUUCCUGACCGUGAACCUCAUCGACCGCUUCCUGAACGAGAAGCAGGUCACCCGCAAGAACCUGCAGCUGCGGCAUGGAGGCUGAGCGCAUUCAAAGUCAGCUUUCGUUGCGCUAGUCACUCCUUAGCACCGCUACUGCGCCACUGGGUCUAUGCCGCGACUGUGGGAAGCUACCG